AUGAGGUCCCUGCUGCUGAAGCUGGUCGUGAUUCUGGUCUGCAUCCAGAGGGGAGAGGGCCACUGGCUGAGGUCACUGAUUGAUCAGAGAUGGGAAACAGCAUCUCCACACGUGUCUCAAAGUGAGGAGAAGAGAAGCGGAGAUCAAGCUGAAGAAGAUGGCCACACAGAAGCUUCUGGAGUCGGGCCAUCACUCAAUCCCAUCGUCCCGAUCCCAGUCCGAUCACGCCGCUCCACUCAAGACUCCCAGUGUGGCCUUCACUCCAUCCUGCUGCAGGUUCGAGACCUCGGGCUGGGCUACGACUCGGACGAGACCGUCCUCUUCAAGUACUGCAGCGGGACGUGUCCCCGCGUUCGCUCCAACCACGACCUCACCCUCACCAACCUGCUGCUCAGCGGGGUUCUCCCCCACCCGGCGCCCGGCGAGCUGUGGCACAACGCGCCCUGCUGCCGGCCCACCCACCACGAGGACAUGGCCUUCCUCGAUAACUCGCAUCGCUGGCACAAAGUGGAGAAGCUGUCGGCAGCGGGAUGCAACUGUGUGGGCUAA